AUGAAUUCUGAAGUUCGGGAUGAGCCACAGCCGGUCAAGAAGAAUAAGCCGAAGCGCUUCUUGUUCUGCUUGCCGUGGAUCAAGUCGAGGCAUGUGCGAGCGCAGCUUGCCAUGUGCUUCGUGGCUGCUACGUUUCUCUUUUCGCUGCUGGCAGUGUAUCUGGGUCUUACACUAACAAAACAUGUUGUUAUUGGCGAGCUGAACAUCAUGUUGAUUAUGAUCAUUCUUCUGGCGGGAGUAUUCUUCUGCUAUAGCCUCAUCCGGUUAUGGAUUCUGAUUGUUCGCGGAGACCCGCCUGAGAUUCCAAGGGCCAUAGACCCGCGAGGAUAUGCCGUUCCGCGCAACCCCAUACGAGUGGUGAUGGCCCAGGAUGAAGAAGCUGCCGGCGUCGAGAAUGAAGCCAUGACAAUGAAACCGCCCGCCUACGGACUCUGGCGAGAGAGUGUGCGUGUGGAUCCAAACCGCUUCUUCUGGCAACGGAAUGAUUCUGCUCAGCCCACGCCAUCUCCGCCAACAACGGGACCGAGGCCGCCGUCCUACAUAUCCGAAGAUGGAGUUUCCUACGUGGUUGAUGCGGUGCCUCGGUCUAUUGCUCCGUCAUCAGAGGGCGAACACCAGCCGGUGCAUCCUUCAGAACGAGGAAGAGCUGGGUUGCCACCUCCGAGUUGA